AUGAAGCUUGUAAUCGGCGGUUCAACGGGUUUUGUUGCCAAGGAGCUCAUUCGUCAAGGUUUGAAAAACCCAGCUAUCACAUCUAUCAUUGCCCGCGGUAGACGGGAGGCUCCCACUCCAUCAGAAGCGGGUAAUUCAGCCUCAAAAUUUAAUUCCAUCGUGGUCGAAGACUUUGAGAACUACUCCGAAAGUGUUAAAAAAGAGAUUGAGAAUGCAGAUGCCCGUUAUUCUGCGACUAUAAUCGAUUACCGGGCUUCUAUAUUUACUAUUCGGGUAUCUCAUUAUGUGUACCUAGAUGGAGCCACAAUCACUGAUGGAAUGUUAAGACCAUUGCCGUGACUGCAACGAAGCUCAAAGAGAUUCCAUUUGAGCAGACAGUUAAAAUUUCCCGCGACUACGCCACCUACGCUAUCAAGGCUCUAGACGGCCUGCGUAACAAGCAAGCUACACACUUACGCUUCAUAUAUAUGAGCGGUCAUUUCGCCCCUCGGAGCCUGGCUGAGGUACCCCAGCAAUUGAAAACCCAUGGUACGGUCGAUGCUGGACUGUUACGGGUAAGGACCAUGAUUCUCAUCCUAAAAACCCUCAUUUGACACGAUAAAUCGACUAAUACGUAACCAUUAAAAUAAUAGGGCGAGGCAGAAGGGUUGAUUCUCAAAUACGGCAGGGAGUCUAAUGGCACUGUCCAAUCUUGUGUCAUCAAACCCGGCGCCAUUGACCACCUAAGCAGAGAGAAGAAGGAAACACCUGGUCUUCCGCAUAUUAAACUGGAUGAUAUCGCAGCUGCGCUGCUGGACCAGACUAUUCAUGGGUUUGAGAAGGACACAUUAACCAAUGAUGAUAUGAUUCGUAUUGGGCAGAAAGUUUUGAGUGGAGAUCAAGAAUCUUGA